ACUGGGGCAGCGUUUCUGGUUUGUUUUUGAUAAACAGCGCCUCUUUGUGGAGAAAACAGUAAAAAAGUAAACGAUUUUUAAGAUGGCCAACGGAAGAAUACGACGUAUGCUGAUACGUAUUUUUGUCGGGCACCAGAGAGGCUGUGGUGGGCUUCGCUUUGAUAACUGCUGCCAAACCAUGAGCUUUGGAGCGGGGACGACAUCCUCGGAGCUCCGGGGGCUGCACAGCCCCGCCGGGAGGGAUGCAUGCCCCGGGCUGCAGAGGCUGCAGCGGCUGCCCCAGGUCCCCGGACAGGUCCCGGGGAGGGUGAACGACCUGCUGCUGCUACGACCCGACAACACGGAUGGUGAGAACGACUCACAGGGGAAGGAGAAGAGCCGUAACAAGCAUGUGGUGUUCUUCCACGGGGACAUACAGAGCUUCCAGGAGGAGAUGGCCCUGCAGCCUGAAGGAGCCCAGUUUGUGUCGUGGAGUCUGGAGCAGGUCGCCGUCACGUUGGGCCGGCGUUUCCCCGACAGACACGUCUGGGUGGUGAGAGCCUCCCGCAUGUACCUGCACAAGUUCAGCUGCUACCACAACUUUGUAGAGAGCAACAUGUUCGGGGCUCCGGAGCACUCUGCCUACUCGGCCAAGUUCGGAGCUUUCUGCCACCUCAGGGCCCUGCUGAGCCACGGGAUGCAGCGCGCCGACCUGCCAAACCCCCUCCAGCCAGAAGGGGGCGCCGACGCCAUCCCCCCGGGGUUCUCUCUGACCCUGGUGGGCUUCAGCAAAGGCUGCGUGGUCCUGAACCAGAUGGUGUACGAGCUGGCCGGGGCCCGGGCCGACCCGCACAUGUCGCCCUUCGCCAAGCGCAUCACGGACAUGUUCUGGCUGGACGGGGGGCACCCGGGGGGCAGCGAGACCUGGGUCACGGACAAGCUGGUCCUGAGGGAGCUGGCCGCCAGCGGCGUGUCCAUCCACGCCCACGUCACCCCCUACGAGGUGCGAGACCCGAUGCGGGCCUGGGUGGGCCGCGAGCACGGACACUUCAUCAAGACGCUGGAGGAGUUCGGGGCCUGUCCCAGCAACAAGCUGCACUUCGAGGACGAGCCCCCCUCCAUCGAGAACCACUUCAGGGUCAUCCAGGAGUUCUGAGCGACGGCUGCAGCGCGUUAGAGAGAACAGGCUGCUGGUCUCAGCGCUUAAGGGCUCCGGGUUCAGAGGCAGGACGAUGGUUAUGAUGAUGAUGAUGAUGAUGAUGCUGCUUCCGUCUUUAACAUUUAGGUUUUGAUUCGGUUGAUUUUUUACCACUGAAGCUCCUGCUGUGGUUUGAACCACCUGCUGAUGAUGAGUUGCUUCUCUUUCCUUCUUUCUUUCUACUGUCAGACGCCUGAAUGUCUCAGCUGACUCUGUCUCAACUAAAGCACUUAUAAUUAUUUCAUUCCUCCUUUUGCCACAAACUGCUUUUCAGUUUCAGUGCAUUAGAAAUAAAAACAAAACAAAAAUUAAAGUCUUAUUGUAGUAGCAUUUAUAGCAGCAAUGACCAAAACAUAAUAAAGUAGUUUUAUUAUGUUUAGUAGUUGAUAUUAAUCUGCUGAUGGAAAUCACAUGUGUGGGUCACAUGGACGUGUCAGCUGAUUUAAGAAUGAAGCUAGCUACUCUAUUUAUUAUGUUUUAAUUCAUUAAUUGAUGUUAAUUUGCCUUUUCUUUCGGAUUCCCAGACGACUGUAUGAAAGAAAAUAUUAUUACUUGUUAGGUUUCUUUCACUACGUUACUUCUAUCUUCUUUUAUGCACCGAUCAGACGUAACAUUAUGACCACAUUUUCAUGUUUUUUGUUGUUCUUAAAGUGUUUGUGUGCAUGUGUCAAGCUGCAUCCUGCUGUGGGAUGGGGGGCGUCACACUCCCGUCGGUGGUCAUAAUGUUUUGCCUGGUGAUCGGUGUGAGCUCUGUUGUGGGUGAAAACACUCGUCCUUGUCCCCGUGAAUCCAGUGUCCGGAUUAAUGUGUUGACCUGUGGAAGCUUCAGUCGUCAUAUAUUUGCACUAACUAACGCGGCUUCCGGCUGCUUGUGGUUUUGGCCGAAUGUAACUUCCUAAUCAUUCCAUUAAGUUUCCUCGUAGCUGUUUGAAAACCCAGAGAAAAGUUUGAUUCUCUAGAAUCAGCAGGUGGCAGCAGCAGCAGCAGUUAUUAAAAUACCAGGAAGUGAAACACAAGGUUCCUGCACAUUUCUAAACUCUUUACAGUUUCCUGACUUCACUGUAAAAUAAAAUAGAAAUAAAUCAGAUUUAUGGUAUUUGAGUAAAUAGUUGUGUAUCAUGAAGGGGAAAAAAUAUUGAUAUGAGAAUGUAUCGCGAUUCUUUGAUUUUAAAAAAGAAAAGUCACGUUUUGGGCCGAUCAUGAAUGAUUUCCACACCUUCAUCACUAACUCGUCUUCUGUACAAGUGCAAUAAAUUGGAAAUGGAUCAUGUGAAUUAA